ACAGCAGUCCAUUUUUUUUUCGGUUUUUUCCAUGGCAGCCUAUCGUUCAUUGAAAACAAUAGAUUCCGAUGACAACGCUUUGCCGUUGACUAAGCAACCGUAAUGAAACUUCUGCACCGAUUCCCCGAGGAAGAAUAUGCCCAAUUUGGUCAUUACCUCGAGCAAUAUCAACCUCACACAUCGGCGUUACUAGGCUGGUUCUUAUGUAGCGGCUAUGCACAAGUGGACCGUAUCGGACGAGCCAAAAUCUACACUUCGCAUGCGCAACCAUUCAAUACCCCUGAUUCCGUAGUGUGGAUUGUCGACAGCCGUCAUCGUCUAAGAGUAUUUGUGACCAGCGAAAUCAUCCUCAAUGAUGCCCCGAUGACUGCCACGGCAAAGGAGCAUGCCGUCACCAAAGAAUGGAAAGGCGGCGACCAUGCCUGGUUUGAAGAUGCUGAACAUGAAGCUUUGUAUCGCCGCAGCGAAGCAUUGUUGGAGCCAAUCUUGCGCUCCUUCAUGGAAACUCAUCCUGAAAUCUUAUUCCAUGGUCUAUCCGUCUUGUGGGGUCCUACAGUGCAUCGGGUUGCCAAUGUCCAGUUUGACGGUCCCUGUCGACGGUUUGUUCACCCGAUUUCAGCCUUUAAUGAGAUUGCACAAUAUGAUGGUUCCUAUCAAAUGCGCAAACUCACUGUGGAUAAUGUGGACCAAGUGAUUAAGCACAACAAAAUAGCUUAUGAGCGAGAAUAUGUGGCCGAUUGUCUUCAGUUUUCCAGUACUCUGUGGACUUCCGACGAGGCGCCUGUUGCCUGGGCCAUGACACAUCGUGAUUUGUGUAUAGGGGCGUUGUUUGUGCGCCCUGAAUACAGACGACAAGGCUUAGCGGCUCUUAUUGUGGCCGAUUUAUGCCAUCAACAUGCCAAGUUUUUCGAGAAACAUGGUCUGAAUCCAAAUUUGGAGCAUUAUGCACAAGCCGUGGUUGAGUGUGACAAUGGUCCAAGUGCUGCUAUGUUUACACGACUGGGAUGGCAAACCGUGGGACCUGGAUUAACAUGGAUCUUUUGUUCCAAACCUAACUAGAGUCACGACAUAUAGAAACCGCAUCUAGAUGGUAGAGUUACAUUUAUACAUGACACUUUUUAUGUGAAAAAAACUCAAUUGUAUCU